CAUGUUUUUAUGUUACAGCUUGCUUGAUUUUGUCUUUGGAAAACUGUUUUAGUUGGAACAAACCAAAUUAGUUUGUUUUCUUACGUAAAUCUUCCCUCUGCUCAUGCUUUGGACUGUCAAUUGUCAGCCACAUUCUGUCUUCAAGUUGGGAGAAACAAAAACAUUUACUUCAACAAUCUGUUAAAAAAUUGGGUUUCUUAUUACUUUAAAAACAAAAGUUUAAGUGACACAGAUUCUUGGAUGAGUUCUGCUUUAUGCUUACUUUAUGCUUGGGGUAUCAUAAGCUGUUGCUCAGGAGGCCCACAUUCUGAUGAACAGACUGGCAGUUACAGAUUUCAUUGCUGGAAAGUCAAUAGCUCUCAGUUAAAGCUCAAGAUUUUGAUAGCCAGUAAUUCGUCUUUUUGUGACUUAGGUGCCCUGAGCUCGAGGGAACAAUUUUAAUGUACCAGUCCAAGGAAGGUUGCACAUUUUAUGACCAGAUGUAUAAUCAAGUUGUACACAUCAAUACAGUAGGAGGAGCACUAGAAUUCACUGAUAUAGCUCAUGAGGUUAGUGUUGCAGAGGACCCACAAGUUCAAAAUGCCUUGCAAGUAACAUUCAGGGUAACAGGCAUGGAUUGCUCUACCUGUGCCUGUUCUGUAGAGAAGGUUGUGAGACAAAUUCCAGGAGUUGUUGAUUCUACAAUCUCUGUUCUCAAUAACAAAGCUCUGGUUCUCUAUCAGCCUGCGUCUUUGAAUGAAAAACAUAUACAGAAGGCAAUUGAAGAUGCAGGAUUUGAGGCCACAUUGCUUGAGGAUUAUAUGAAGGGGAGGCCUGCACGGAUUUGCCGUCUUCGAAUAAUAGGGAUGACUUGUACUGCUUGUUCAUCAACAAUUGAAGAUUCGCUGAAAAAACUCUCAGGAGUCCAAAAAUGCUGUGUGGCACUAGCAACGGAGGAAGCUGAAAUAUCUUAUGAUAUUAGACAGAUUGAUCCUCAACAGUUAAUAGAUGCAGUUGAGGACAUGGGUUUUGAAGCUCAAUUGAAAAAUGCAGGAGAGGAUAGAGACCAAGUUUGUUUACAGCUUCAAGGGGUCAACUCAAUUGGAGCAAUGAAGGCCAUUGAGCGUUCAUUACAAGCCUUACCAGGUGUAAAAUCUGUAGAAAUAAAUGCAAAUAGAGAUAAGGUUAUAGUGGGGUAUGAUCCUGACCUGUCAGGACCCAGAUAUUUUAUAGAGGCUGUGGAUCAGACAAAAUAUGAAUUAGCCCAGUUCAAGGCAAGUUUAAUAAACCAGAAUUUAGGAUCCAGCAGACAAGAGAGAAGCAAAGAAGUUAAGCGGAGUGGUAAAUACUUGCUUUGGAGCUGCAUAUUAGGUGUGCCUGUUUUCCUUCUUUCCAUGGUCUUCAUGUAUAUUCCUAAGGUCAAAGACAAAUUGGAUGAGAGGCUAGUAAAUAUGCUAACGAUAGGGGAGCUCCUGAGAUGGGUUUUCUGUACACCUGUGCAAUUCAUAGUUGGAUGGCAAUUUUAUGUUGGUGCUUAUAAUUCUUUGAGACAUGGAUCAGCCAAUAUGGAUGUUUUGGUAGCCCUUGGGACAAAUGCAGCUUAUUUUUAUUCCUUAUAUUCGAUGAUAAGGGCUGCAACUUCAAUGAACUUUAGAAGCAUAGACUUCUUUGAAACAAGUGCCAUGCUAAUCUGCUUCAUUCUACUUGGGAAGUUUCUUAAAGUUUUGGCCAAAGGAAAAACCUCAGAAGCCAUAGCAAAAUUGAUGGAAUUAGCUCCUGAGAAAGCAACCUUGCUUAUAUUAGAUGACGGAGGAAACAUCAUGGUUGAACGCCAGAUCAGCAGUGAUCUAAUUCAGAGGAAUGACAUUAUCAAAGUUAUCCCAGGUGAUAAGAUACCCACAGAUGGACUGGUAAUCUGGGGCAAAAGUCAUGUGAAUGAAAGUAUGCUGACAGGAGAACCUCGACCUGUCACAAAAAGGAUUGGUGAUAAAGUAUUUAGAGGAACCAUGAAUCAAGUUGGAAUGCUGCAUCUUAGAGCUACUCAUGUAGGUUCUGAAACCACUCUUGCAAAAAUUGUCAGGCUUGUUGAGACUGCCCAGAUGCAGAAAGCUCCGGUUCAAAUGCUUGCAGACACAAUUUCAAAGUAUUUUGUUCCAAUGGUUGUUAUGGUGGCUUUUGUCACCUGGUUGGCAUGGUAUAUAGCAGGACUCGUGGGAUCAUAUCCCAAGUCAUGGAUACCUCCUUCAAUGGGUGAAUUUGAGCUUUCUCUGCAGUUUGGGAUCUCAGUUCUGGUGAUUGCCUGUCCCUGUGCUUUGGGUUUGGCAACACCAACUGCUGUCAUGGUGGGCACUGGAAAAGGUGCGUCCCUGGGAGUUCUUAUCAAAGGUGGUCUAGCACUUCAGAAUGCCCACAAGGUGAAAUGUGUUGUAUUUGACAAAACAGGAACAUUGACGACUGGAAAACCUAUUGUUGUUGGCACAAAGUGUUUUACGACAACUGCUCUUAUGGAUUUCUAUAAUAUAGUUGCUUCAGCUGAAGCCAACAGUGAACAUCCUCUUGCCAAGGCAAUUGUUGAGCAUACAAAAAAUUUGAGGAGCAUAAACGACAAUUCGACAAUGUCCAACCUCUUAGUAGCAGAAGAUUUCCAAAGUGUGACAGGCCAAGGUAUCAGGGCUCUUGUCAACAAUAAGCAAGUGGUUGUUGGCAACAGGCAAAUGAUGGUGGCAUCUGACAUUUCCAUUCCAGAAGAUGUUAAUAAGCAUCUCAAGGAUGUUGAAAAAGAAGCUAGAACAGGAGUGUUGGUUGCAUUUGAUGCAGAAAUAGUCGGCCUCAUUGCCAUAUCCGAUCCAGUGAAGCCAGAAGCAAAGGAGGUUGUCAGUAUGCUAGGUACACUGGGAUUGAGAACCAUUAUGGUAACAGGUGACAAUUGGGGUACAGCUAAAUCCAUAGCUAAGGAGGUUGGUAUUGAAUCUGUCACGGCGGAAGUGCCACCCCAUGGAAAAGUAGAAAAAAUAAGGCAACUGCAGGCAGACGGUUUGGCAGUGGCAAUGGUUGGUGAUGGAAUAAACGAUGCACCAGCUCUGGUUGCUGCAGAUGUGGGGAUGGCAAUCGGUGCAGGGACAGAUAUAGCAAUUGAGGCUGCUGAUAUUGUGUUGGUGAGAAGCAACUUGGUGGAUGUUAUAACUGCCAUAGAUUUAUCCAGAAAGACAUUUUUCAGAAUCAAGCUCAAUUACAUAUGGGCUUUUGGGUACAACAUCCUGGGCAUUCCCAUUGCUGCAGGGGUGUUGUUUCCUUUUACUGGAUUCAGAUUUCCUCCAUGGGUUGCAGGGGCUGCCAUGGCUACUUCUUCUCUCAGUGUUGUCUGUUCUUCUCUUUUGUUGAGGUAUUAUGUGCCACCAAAGCAGCCAAGUGCACUGACAACAGAAGAGAUGAAAAGUGAAUUUCCUGGUAGUAAGGCAGAGUAUUUUAAGUCUGAUGGAAUAGUCUAAAUCUGUCCUCUAUUUAUGAGAAACAAGUCUGUGGACAGAGUUGAAUUGAA